CGGGCCGGAAGGGAAACUGGGCCGGAGUCCAACUGUCUAUGGUUUGGAGUGUGCCUUUCCCGCCAUCGACCAUUUCUCUCAACGAGCAAAUCUAGGGCACAUUCUUUCCGCUUCUCACCACUUCCAUUGAAAGUUUCUGGUGCGUUUAAUUUUGCACAGGAGCUGAGAAAACGAUUGCGUGAUGUCUGGAAGAAAAGAAACUGUUCUGGAUUUGGCUAAGUUUGUAGACAAAGGCGUCCAAGUGAAGCUUACCGGCGGCAGACAAGUUACUGGAACGCUCAAAGGAUAUGAUCAAUUGCUAAACCUUGUGCUGGAUGAAGCUAUAGAGUUUCUAAGAGAUCCUGAUGACCCAUUGAAGACAACUGAUCAAACCAGGCCUCUUGGCCUAAUUGUCUGCAGGGGGACUGCUGUAAUGCUUGUGUCGCCAGUUGAUGGUACAGACGAGAUUGCUAACCCCUUCAUCCAACCAGACGGUGCAUAGACGUAACUUUGUGUUAAACUCUAAUUUCCCUGUUCUGUAUCUGAAUAUAUCAAAUUUCGCUAUUUACUUUGUGAUUCCUCUCUUUCGCUCUCCAUCGAACCAUUGAGUUUCAACCCUUCUGUCUAGAUACAUGGAACACUUAUCCAUGUGAAGUAAAAUGGUGAAAUUUUGUUUAA